AUGGUGGUGAAACGACGGGAUAGCGUAGUGUUCAACUUGGCUUCCAUGGGGGCACCUAAAGUCCUACUUGGAAUUGUGCUCCUGCUUGGCUGGACUUCCAACGUGGAUCUGAAUCCUAAGUAUACCAUGGUGGAGUACUUUGCAGGGAAAGCACAUGUGUCCAAUGUGUUCAACAAUAGCCCUGGACACCGUGUUGCUUCUUAUGAGAUAAACGAUUCUCGAAGCAUGGACUUUCUCAGUGCACCCGGCUUCGUGCUGGCAAUUGUUCUUGCCCUUCAAAGUUGUGCAGGAGCUCUGCAUUUGAUGGCUCCUGUCUGCGGGUCUUGGACACGAAUCAGUAGAGGUUCAUCAUUGCGGAGUUCCAUCAAUUGCUUUGGAGAUAUGACCAGGGAGUUUGUAGCAACGGCCAAUUGUAUGAUAUCCAGGUUGGCCAUUCUGAUGUUAGUCAGCCUGGCGGUCCAUGCAGUGUUCCUAUGUGACCUCUUUGCGAUGCCAAAGGCGGCAGGGCUCUUUGUUCCAGGUUGUCCUGAACGUGUGCCUUUGGCCUCACCCUGUGCUCCCACCCCUGAUGCCGAAACAAUGCGAAAGAACUACCAAGGAGACCAAUUGGCAGAGAUCUUCAAGAAGGAGGGCCAUUCAUUUUCUGCCAUGGAAGUGAAGGUCAAGCAACUUGUGAUGGAUGAAGAGAAGAACGAAGUGUUGGGUGGAUGGCAUACCGAUAUCUCACUGAAGAAAUUGGGGUGGACAGAGUCAAUGAUUGGCCACGCCAAACAGUGGGCUAUGGCUCGCAACUUGUGUCGGAAGAACGAAGUCCACGGUGAAGAUGAAUUUAAGAUCCCAACGGAUAGCAAUUAUUCUUUCACCAACACCCGGAGAAAGGAGGCUGAGGGGAGUGGAACAAUGGAGGUUGAAGAUCCCAAUGGAACUUUGCUUGAGUUUGGCGAUCUUAGUGCAGAGCAGGCUAUGCUGCGAGGAUCCAAUGGUGAAGCCACCAAUUCGGUGGCAGCUCAGAGUGCUGCCGCGGCGAAGCUGGCAAGCCUCCCCAUGGUGCACCAAAACCAAGACCCCUACUGCUACAUUUCCCAGUACAUCGAUGAGAUGGGCAAGAAGAUGGACAAAAUCGAUGAACAGAAGGUUUACUUACCCCAUAGCACCUCAACCAAUUUGCCGAGGAUGUUGAAGCAACUUGCCAAUGACCGCACGAACUACUUCGAUGUUUUCGACAAGCUGGUGAAGUUUCAGGAAGCGAGCUGUGGUAUUUUGGCACCAACGGAAGCCCAGAAAUCUGAGCUACGUGACAUCUAUGUCGAGUGCACCAAGAUGGAUGUGCGAGUUAACAACAUGAUGAGCCGUGCCAGGGCCUUGAAGAGCAGCAAGCCAAAGGCCAAAGCGAAGAGCAGUGCAUCGAAGCCGUUGACGCCUGCACCUAAGAGGAAGGUAUCCAGCAAGCGCCCAGCACCGGUGGAACCGGUGGCACCGGAUGGGGAAGAGCCCAGUGUUUCAACUUCUCGACCCAGUAAGAAGGCCAAGAAGGCCAAGGCCACGGCUAAGAAGUGA